UUUUUAAACUAUUUCUACUUUCUUCUUUGUAGAACCAUUAAAUUUCCUAUCGUCAAUAGUUCAUAUAUAAUAAGUCGAAAUGGGUGGUAUCCGUGAAAAGAAAGCUCAAUACUUCUCUAAGUUGAGAGAAUUGUUAGAAGAAUACAAGUCUAUCUUCGUUGUUGGUGUUGACAAUGUCUCCUCCCAACAAAUGCACGAAAUCAGAAAGGCUUUGAGAGGUGACGCCGUCGUCUUGAUGGGUAAGAACACCAUGGUCAGAAGAGCCUUGAGAGGAUUCCUUGCCGACCUCCCAGACUACGAAAAGUUGUUGCCUUUCAUCAAGGGUAACGUUGGUUUCAUUUUCACCAACGCUGACUUGAAGACCAUCAGAGACACCAUUGUCUCCAACGUUGUUGCCGCUCCAGCCAGAGCCGGUGCCGUUGCUCCAUUGGAUGUCUGGAUUCCAGCCGGUAACACUGGUAUGGAACCAGGUAAGACCUCUUUCUUCCAAGCUCUUGGUGUCCCAACCAAGAUUGCCAGAGGUACCAUUGAAAUCGUUUCCGAUGUCAAGGUUGUCGAAAAGGACACCAAGGUUGGUCCAUCUGAAGCCACCUUGUUGAACAUGUUGAACAUCUCUCCUUUCACCUACGGUUUGACUGUUGACCAAGUUUACGACAACGGUCAAGUCUUCCCAUCUUCCAUCUUGGAUAUCUCUGACGAUGAAUUGGUCGGUCACUUCGUUUCCGCCAUUAACGUCAUUGCUUCCAUCUCCUUGGCUGUUGGUUACCCAACCUUGCCAUCUGUUGGUCACUCUGUUGUUAACCACUACAAGAACGUCUUGGCUCUUUCUAUUGCCACUGACUACACCUUCGAAGGUUCCGAAGCCAUCAAGGACAGAUUGGCUAACCCAGAAGCUUACGCUGCUGCUGCCCCAGCUGCCGCUGCCGCCUCCUCUGAAGCUGCUCCAGCUGAAGAAGCCGCUGAAGAAGAAAAGGAUGAAUCCGAUGACGACAUGGGAUUCGGUUUGUUCGACUAAGCGCCGAGUUAUUAGUUUAAUUCAUAGUAUAGUUUAGAUA